AUGAAUAAUACAUCAUUCAAAACUUUGUUUCCCUCGAAGAAACUUUUAAAUAGAAUAUUAUUUCAAAUGGAUAGUGAACUUUCGUCCGGAAAACUACUACCUUUAUAUGAAACACUAUAUACCAACAAUGAAUUAACUUCCAAAAACUCAAACUAUGCCAAUAAUCCCAAUAUAAUAUUCUUAAUGAAUAGAGUAUUAGUUGACUUAAGGAAGAGAACUAAGCAACAGCCAAUUCAGCUUCAUAAAAUGGAACUCUAUCUUCUGAAGAAAGCUGCCCAAUUGGGGAAUAAUGAUGCUAUAACAUUACUCUGCUAUCGAAUAUUAAUGUCUAAAUCAUCAUCAUCCGCAACAACGCCUGAAAAUCAAAAGGACAUUAUCCAAUCGCAAGAGCUAUUAAAACAAUUAGUCAAACAAAAACAUCCAUUAAGUUUCAAGAUUGUUGCAGAUUUAAACUGUUCAAUGGGCCAAUUUGAAGAAGCCAAAAGAUGGUAUAAAGAAUAUUUAAAAUCUGUAGAACCUUAUAAUAAGUUAAAACCCAAUUUUGAUAUCAAUUAUUGGGGGACACAACAAAAAGGUAAAGUGUUAGAAAAAUUAGGCGAGAUUGAAUUCAGAGAAGGUGGUGUGCAGAAUAUAAUAUCAUGUGAAAAAAGAUUCUUAGAGGCUAUCAAAACCGUGCCAUUAAAAGAAUGUGUUAAAUCAUAUUUUUAUUUAGCUAUGUUAUACAUUAAAUAUAAACCAACCAAAUCCAAAAUUUUAUUAGAACAGUGUUGUACACAAGGUUUUAAAGAAGCCUUCAGUGAAAUUGGAUAUUUAGAAAUGAAUUAUUUUCGAAAUCCAAAGAAGGCACAAGAGUGGUUUAAAUUGGGAAUGGAAUUACAACAAUUAUCAUGUUUUUUUGGAUAUUUUCAAUGUUGUAUUAAAUUGAAAGAGUGGGUUGAAGCUAAGAAAUGCAUAGAAACAAUAAACAAACUUAAAUUCAGUAAUAUUAUUACAAAUGAAGCAGACAGAGUUAAUAUUUCAACUUUCAUACAUGCACACACAAAUACUAUCAGAUCAAUUGAAGAGCAUUUGAGCCAAUACACAGAAUUCGAUCCAAAACCUUUAUCAAAUUUAGAAACCACAAUAAAAGAUAGAUCUAAAUGGGGAUUCUAA